AUGUCUUCUACCUAUGGCCCGAUCACCAGUGCGGGCACUGUUACAUCAAGCGUACACUACUGUGUUUUCCUGGGUUACUUGUGCGAGUCUUCUAUUCCUACUGGAACCAUCACCAUUGUGCAGGCCGCUGAGACAUGGGAUGUUUACACAACAACAACCACGUCUUUAUCGACGCCUACAGUGAUAUGGGGGGUGCAAGUGAACGGUUUUAGGAUCCAACCACCCAAAACAAGUGCCGCUACUACAACUUCGGGAGGGGAUGGCGGUGUAUCCCCGUCUACACAAACUGGUGAUGGUUCUGGGGCCACGUCUUCAAGUAGUACCUCUACGUCAGAAUCAUCGAAAUCAUCCUCCUCCGACUUGUCCACGGGUUCUAUCGUUGGGAUCGUCAUGGGCACAGUAAGUGCGGUGGCUGCUGUCCUGGGACUAUUGUUCCGGGUAUACACGUAUAAGAAGACGCAGAAGCGGCAGCAGCAGCAGCAAUUAGCUCAGGAGGGUACCCAAUCUAUAAAAGAGACGUAA